AUGGAGUUGAUAUCCAUCCUCGUCGAGGUUCUGCGCAACCCAGGCCGGCUAACGCUCAAGUCUCUAGCAGACUUCGACAAGUACGAGGAGGCGAAGUUGGCAGGGGCCAACAUUGAACCGUUUGAGCAGGUGGAACUCACAAAGCCGGGAGAUCUGAAGCCCGUGAUCCUGUGGCGGCGUUCGACGCUCACGCGUGUCACCAACUUGUACGAGAACGCGGCGAAUGCGCAUGGUUUCGUUGUGCGCCCUCCCAAGAACUUCAAUCCGGCGAAACGGAUUUACAAGGGUCCUGAGACGGGGAGUUGGUGGCGGGAGGUACUCCGUAAACUGCCAGCUACUGAUCCAGGCAAGGCAGUCGCUGCAGUGAUCAUCUACUCGGACGAAACAACUCUCACGACUGAUGGCGGACUCAAGGGUUGGCCUGUGUACAUCUCGUUAGCCAACAUUGCGCCAGGGAAUCGAUGGAAACCCCAUGGGCAUCGAUUAUGCGCUCUCCUACCCGAUGAUGACGGGAGCUUCUUCACGCACGCGGACAAGGAGCGGCGGCACCUUGAAGUAUUCCAGGAGGCCUUGGAUCUUAUCAUGGCGGAUUUGAAGAUUGCCCAGAACACUGGCGUGGAGCUGACAGAUCCAUACGGCAUUCGUCGUAUGGUCUUUCCGCUCACGUACGCUUACAUUGGUGACUAUCCGGAGCAGUGCAAAGUGGCGGGCACCAAGUCCGGCAUCAAGACCCGUUUUCCAUGCCCCAGUGCUAUAUGGGGGCAACGCUUUGGCGACGAGGAUUUCGGCAACCCGUACCGACAACUCACGUCCGACAUCAUGCACAUGUCUCUCCUCGGCGUAUACAAGCACAUCCUGGAGGGUCUCAAGUCGAAGCUGAAUGAUUCCACCCUGCGGGAGCUCGAUGCUUCUCUCGAGCGGAUCACCAAGUACAGCAGGCAGUCUUUCUUUGAGAUUCCUGCACACACAGCUGGCUAUUUCAGCGGCCACAACACCUUCAAGGCCUUCCACCAUCAAGCGGUGAUGCAGGUGCUGCCAGUGCUCCUGGUGAUGGCGAAGGUUGACGCACGGAUUGUGGCAUCUGUGGAGCUCUUCUGCACGUGGCACAGGGAGGCAUGGCAUCGCACGUACCACACCGACGCCUCCUUGGCGAACCUUGACAACAUGGCGAGCACGUGA